AUGAAGGCCAUCGAAGUUAAAACAGGGAUGAAGAUAUCUUGGGACGCACGCUAUUCAUUAAGUCUAUUGAUUUUACUAUCAUCGAUUCUUUCUCUGUGCAACGGCCAAGAUUAUGGAAUGCCGGGCGAAGACGGAGCAGGAGGAGGCGAGCCGCCGCCUGAGAUGGCGAAUUGCAACGGUAUUUUCCUGAGCUAUAGCUUUGGCAGCCGCGAAAGAGAGUACCCGCACGUCAAGAACGUGACCGCGCAAUCGUGGGCGUUUAAAUCGUCUGCGAUGAUUGUAAACGCGGGUAGGGAAGAGCUUAAGGGAUGGCAAAUGUUCAUAGGGUUUCGUCACAAGGAGCUGAUCGUUUCUGCAACUGGUGCGGCUCUAAUGGACGGAGAUUAUCCUCUGGAUGCUAGCAAUGGAACCACGUUCGUCGGAACGCCAAACACGGAUUUGAAAACAUCGAUUGAAACCGCCGGUGAUUUCACUCAGAUAUCAACGAAUAUCGAAAUCACCGGGACUCUUUUCGGAGUUGCAAAAGGGGUCACACCAAUGCCGAGAACUAUUAAGCUCAACAACGACGGUUGGGAAUGCCCCGCCGCAAAGAGAAAAGGAGGAAAUAUGCACGUUUGUUGCAAGAGAAACCCUAAGUUCAAGGUCAAGACUGGGCCAAGGACAAAGUUUGCACCGAGAAGGUACGGUGAUCUGAACAUAGUCUACGACGUUCUGCAAUCAUUCGACAGCAACUACUUAGCCCAAGUGACCAUCGAUAACGAUAAUCCUCUCGGGCGGUUAGACCGAUGGAACCUGACUUGGGAAUGGAUGCGAGGAGAGUUCAUAAACACGAUGCGAGGAGCUUACACUCACAAGAAAGAUCCAUCUGAAUGUCUUUACAGCAAAGCUGGAAACUAUUACAAAGACAUGGAUUUCUCUCAGGUCAUGAAUUGUCAGAAGAAGCCAGCAAUUUCCGAUUUGCCUCCAGAGAAGAAAGACGAUAACGUGACUGGAAAGUUACCUUUCUGUUGCAAAAACGGAACUCUCUUGCCACCUAUCAUGGAUCCUUCGAAAUCUCGAUCCAUUUUUCAAUUACAGGUUUUCAAGUUGCCUCCUGAUCAGAACAGAACAGCUCUAUACCCACCUCAGCAUUGGAAAAUCGAUGGUGUUCUCAACCCGCAGUACAAAUGCGGGCCACCGGUUCGGGUCGACCCGUCUCAAUUCCCGGAUUCUAGCGGUCUACCUGCUAUAACCUACGCCAUCUCCAGCUGGCAAGUGGUCUGCAACAUAACCAAACCCAAAGCUCAGGCCUCAAGAUGUUGUGUCUCAUUCUCUGCCUUUUACAACAACUCUGCGAUUCCUUGCAACACUUGCGCUUGCGGAUGCAAUGACAUCGACACCGACACUUGUAAUGCCAACCGUAACCCUCUCCUCCUCCCUCCCGACGCUCUCCUAGUCCCGUUCGAAAACCGAACCUUAAAGGCCAGAGCCUGGGCUAAGCAGAACCACAUGCCAAUGCCCAAGAAACUUCCUUGUCCGGAUAACUGCGGAGUCAGCAUUAACUGGCACGUUAACACGGACUACAGAAACGGUUGGACGGCGAGGUUAACCGUUUUCAACUGGAGAGACUUCGCGUUCGAGGAUUGGUUUGUAGCGGUUGAGAUGGGAAAGGCAAGUCUAGGGUAUGAAAACGUUUACUCCUUUAACGGCACACGUGUUCCACCAAACAAUCGAACCGUUAUGUUCCAAGGACUGCCUGGUAUGAACUAUCUUGUGGGUCUAGUUAACGGAACCAUAAGAAGCCCUCCCGUACCCGGGAAGCAACAGUCGGUCAUCUCCUUCACCAAGAAAAACAUCAAUGGACUGAAUAUACCAGAAGGCGACGGUUUCCCAACGAAACUUUUCUUCAAUGGAGAAGAAUGUGCACUUCCAAAACAUUUCCCAAAGAAGAGCUCAGGACAUAGACGCGGUAUCAGCGUCCUCGUGUCCUUUGUUUUAGCUCUGGCCGUGGCUUUUGCACUAAUCAUGGAUUAA